AUGGCUGAAGAUGCUCAUACCACUGAACAGACUCAUAAUCUGAUUGAGGUUGAUGAAGAGUCUACGGCGAACGACUCCACAUAUGGUGAUGAGCUCUCCAGCUACACCGCUUCUUUGACUUCAUCCGUCCGCAAUUUUCGAAAGGAGAAUGGCAGAACCUAUCAUGGAUAUCGUGAUGGCAAUUACCUCCUGCCAAAUGACGAGGAUGAAGCAGAUCGGCUAGACCUGUUGCACGAAAUGACACUGACAAUGAUGGAUCGCAAACUCUUCCUGGCUCCCAUUGGUGAUUCACCACAGCACGUCAUCGACCUUGGUACUGGGACAGGAAUUUGGGCCCUAGAUUUUGCUGACCAGUAUCCUUCUGCGGAGGUCAUUGGUGUUGAUCUGAGCCCGAUUCAACCAUCCAUGGUUGCUCCAAAUGUGAAAUUUCUCAUCGAUGAUAUAGAACAGCCCAAUACCGUCCCUGGGGGAUGGGUGGAAAUUCAAGACUGGGACGGCACGUUGCGUUCUGAUGAUGGCUCCACCCAGGGUACCUCGAUUGAACAGUACUAUGACGUUAUCCUCAAGGGAUUUAAAAAGGCGGGAUUUGAAACCUCUCCAGGGCCGCAUCUAAAAGAGUGGUUUCGUGAAAUAGGCUUUGAGGACAUACAUGAGCAGAGGUAUACGGUCCCUAUGGGAAGCUGGCCAAAAGAUAAACAUUUGAAAAAAGUUGGCACAUGGAAUCUGGUGCAGGCCGAAACCGCCGGUUUUGAAGCCGGGGGAUUGGCUGUUUUGACGCGAUACGAGGGGUGGUCAAAAGAAGAGGUGACUAUUUUGUCUGCUAAGUCAAGGAAUGAUAUAAGGAAUCCUAAAAUUCACUCUAUGUUUCACUACUACGUUGUGUACGGACGGAAGCCAAGAAAAAAACCUGAGUGA